AUGUCCAGCACCCUGCGCGACAUCGUCGCCUCCAUUUUCGAGCCGGGCACGAACCAGGGCCUCCUGCGAGCGAUGAACGCGUCGUUCUACGCCCUCUUUGCGACGCUCGCAGCGCUCCUGGUCGCCACGAGGGGCAACGGGCACGUCGUCGCACUGCUCACGCUCAGCGUCGCGCUGUGGGCGAGCAUCAAGUGGUUCCUCGCGCAGAUCGCAGACGCAGAAGCGGCGCAGCGCGAGGAGCGGCUGGCCAAGGAGCGGGCAGAGGUUGCUCAGGGAGGAGACGCGGCAAGACCGGUGGGCGGCAAAGAGGGCAAGACGGAAUGA